AUGGAGCGAAGUCUGCGCAAACGACAACUCCAUCAGCCUUCGAGACCUUCGCCGAAUCAUUACUUGAAUAAGAAGACGAAGCCGUACUGGGUCAAUGGCUCUGCUUUGCCGGAGGUGGACUUUAACAUCGGGGAGAGCUACAGUGGCUUGUUGCCGAUUGAUCACUCCAAGGAGCUGUUCUUUUGGUUUGUGCCGAGCACGAAUCCGGCCGCGAAGGAUGAGAUUACGAUUUGGCUCAAUGGCGGACCGGGUUGUAGUAGUCUGGAUGGCUUCUUUCACGAGAAUGGCCCCGUCGUCUGGCAACCCGGCACCUUCCUCCCAGUCCCCAACACCUGGGCAUGGAGCAAUCUAACCAACAUGGUCUUCAUCGAACAACCCGUCGGCACCGGCUUCUCCCAAGGCAAGCCCAACGCCACCAACGAACUCGACGUGGCGAACCAAUUCCUGCCAUUCUGGAAGAACUUCGUCGACCUCUUCGAUCUGCACAACCGCAAGCUCUACAUUACCGGAGAAUCCUACGCCGGACAGUACUGCCCAUACAUCGCAGACGCCAUGUUGGAGAAGAACGACACCAAGUACUUCAACGUCAGUGGCAUGUUGAUCUAUGACCCUAGCAUCCAAUACCAGCUGGCUUCGGAGGUGGCUUCCAGGCCAUUUAUCGAUUCUAAUCGCAACGACUUCCCCUUCAACGACACAUUCAGGGAGAAGAUCUACAACCGCAGCGCAGCGUGUGGCUACGAUGCGUAUAUCGAGAACGCUUUACAAUUCCCGCCGAAAGGCCACUUCAUUGAUCCUCCGUCAGUCAAUAAGUCAGACCCGAGUGGGAGUUCAAUCGAGGGUUGCGAGGUCUUCGAGCCCGUCACGAACGCCGCGUAUGAUAUCAACCCUUGCUGGGAUAUCUACCAAGUCGGCCAGCUCUGUCCCCUGCUAUGGGACGUGCUCGGCUUCCCAUCAGUCUUCUACCUCCCCGUCGGCUUCCCCCAACCCUACUUCAACCGCAGCGACGUCAAAACCGCCAUCCACGCCCCGCAACAUACCAACUGGCAGAUCUGCACUGACGUGAACGUCUUCGUCGGCAAACAAGGCGACACCUCCCCGCCCUCCGGCGCCAACAACGGGCCCAUCAAACGCGUCAUCGAACACACCAACAACGUCAUCGUCGGCCACGGCGCCCUCGAUAUGGUCCUCAUCGCCAACGGUACCCUCCUGACCCUCAACAACCUCACCUGGAACGGCAAGCAGGGCUUCUCCUCGCCGCCCACGGAGCCCUUCUACGUGCCUUUCCACGAAGAAGCCGCCGAGGGGAGUAUCGCCGGCAGUGGCGUGUUUGGCGGGUAUGUCACUGAGAGGGGCCUGACGUUCGUGGCGGUCAGUCUGAGUGGGCAUGAGGUGCCGGAGUAUCAGCCCUCGGCGGCUUAUAGGCAUUUGGAGUUUUUGUUGGGGCGAAUUGGGAGUUUGAAGGAGGUUAGCUCUUUUACCACGCAGAAGGGCGUUAAGCAGCCCAAGGGGGAUUUGGGAAGGGGGACUUGGUGGCCUUGA